CCUCCGUCUGUAGCUAUUUUCUAUGAAUGGGUUUCAUUGUUAACUUGAGGUCUUACACGAUUCUGUUGAGCUACACUGUCUAGUUAGUUUGAUCACAAUAUGAUUCAUAAGAUUGAUUUUCUGAUAUGGUACAUGAAAUGGAGCUGGAAUGCACGUGUUUAGCUUAGCAUUUGUAUGAGAUUCUGAUAUAUAGCUUUGUUGCCACACGAACUGCAUGGGUUGUCAUCUGCUGCCAACUUCCAGCCUACUGUCGAGAGCUGCUGCUUCGUUGUCUCCGCAGCCGCUGCUGCCCGGUGCGCCAACGAACUCUUUGACCAGUCUGUCAGGCUGCCUCCUCGCACAGUGAUAAUCUUGUUUUUCAUCUAUGUAUACCAAUUCUAGAUUUGCCACUUAAUAUAAUACUCUAGUUAACGUAUUACGAAGUUUUACUCGGAGUGUAGUUUCUCCUAAAUGUCUUAAAACUAUUUUUAAUUUCUACUAGUGUGGUUUGUGUGUGUGCUUAUGUAUUUUUUAUAAAUAUGUCUUAUAAGUGCACUACUUUGAUGUCCUGAAAUUCAUAAUCUUACAUGUCUAGUUAUCUUUUUCCUCCAUCAGGCUCUUAAAGAAGCACUUGCGCAGAUCAGAGCGUGCUCAUUUAAUAGAUGUCCUGAAAAAGAAAGCUAUUAAAUGUGGAGACACAGCUGAAAUUCAUUCUCAGAAGUGCUUACAUAGUACUUGAGCCUUCUCCCUUUUAUUGUCAUGGUUUAUGACUUCUAAACGUCGAGGGCAGUGUAGCAAAAGUGUUCGUUUGCAAGACGAACCAAAUGUUUCACAACAAAGGUUGAAAACCAGUGAAGGUUUCACUACUAAGACAGCAAUAGGCAGAAGAGUUUAUAGUAGAAAUCUACAUCAAAAAACUUUGGACAUGGUCACACCUUCGCACCACAGCCAUGAAAGUGUGCCACCAUUGGAGAAUGAGCGCUUGAGUGUCGACGUCGAACAACAAGAAGAUGAAGGUAUUGCAUCUAGUGCUGAAAUUGUUGAAAAGCAAAGUAGAGGCCCUACGUAUAUGAAAAAUAUUUGGGGUCGCCCUCUAAACUUGCCCCCCAUUCAUGUUGAAUAUAAUGAGUUCGGUCAAGCUAUAGGUGGUGAGGAUAGCACGCUCUGCCAUUUCCUAGGUUCGAUAGCAAGAAGCGGUAAUUAUUGUCCUAUAGAUAUUAAAAGUUGGCAUGCCAUUCCAAAGGAGAGAAAAACUGAGAUGCUUGACAUUGUAAAGUUACGAUUCCAUGUCCCUAUCAUUGCUGAGAAGUGGAUCCUGGAAUCUAUCGGGCUUAAAUGGAGAAACUGGAAGCAUUACUUGAAAACGAGAUACUGGGCUGACGUACCUAUCGAGCAUUUAAUAGAUGAUAGGGACGAAAGAGUUUUGGAAGUUCAAUGGAUCAAUCUCCUUGCCUAUUGGAGAACAGAACAUGCAAAGAAUGCAAGCAAAAGAAACAAAAAAGCGCGAGAGAAAAAGUUAAUGAAUCAAAGGACAGGAAAGAAGUCGUUUGCCCAAGUUAAAGCAAAAAUGACCAAAGAACUUGGACAAUGCCCAUCUCGUGUUCAACUUUUCAAAACUUGUUUUGUUUCUUCAAAUGGAAGCACAAGUGAUGCUGUCUCUAGCAAAAUUUCAGCAAUGGAAGAUUGUAAUGAUCAAUCUCUUGAAGGUUCGGACGAUGCAAUUGCUCCAGAUGAUAUCUUUGCCCAAAUUAUGGGGAAGGAUAGACCCGGCCAUGUAAGGAUGAUGGGUAGGGGAGUGCGUCCUUCAGAUUUAUGGAACGAAACUUCUAAAAGCACAUCGAACCGUUUGCUAGUGGAGUAUCGAGAAAAGAUUGAACGGCUAGAGGCAAGGCUUGCAACACAAGAAAGAGUUUGUGGUUCACAAGCAGACACUAGGCCAAAUGUGAUAGUCUCUAAGCCUUCCUCAGUAAAUGCUACAACAACUCAUAUUGAUCAGGUUGGUACAUACGUGUCUCUAAGAAGCAUUUUCACAAAAAAAAUUGUUGCCAAAGGAUGUAUUCAUAGCAUAGAUCCAAGUACAAAAGUUGGCGGACAAAUGUUAGGAUUGAAUUGGUGUGAAAUAAAUGUUAAAGUUGUGGUUGAACCUAAGGAGGAAUUGAUCAGACCCUACGACAACUUGCACGAGCUUUCCCAGACCGUUGGUCAUAUGAUUGCUUGGCCAUGUUUUUUGGUGGACCCAUUAAGUGACAACCAUUGAAUAUUGAUACAUUCUCUUCUUGGACUACAGGUACUUGGAAAAUUUAAAUAAAUUAUAGUAUUUGUAUGAUUAAUUUGGUAUAUGCAUUUUAUUAUGCUACUUGUAUUAGGGAUUAUUUUGACCUUUGCUUUUCUUCUCAUGUUAUACGUAUGGCUUUGUGGCUGUAAAUCAUUUUAGAUUCCCCAGUAGAUAUAGUUUCUUAUCAUAUAUCUCUAAUACGCAUUUUUAUACAUCAUAUAGUUUAGAGGGAUGUUGAUUGUGCUAAGUUUUAUCUUCCUAUAACAUUGUUGCAUCUUGCUCAUAGCCUUAUAUACUUUGACAUUAUCUAAAAUACAGGAUAUUCUAGAAUUGGCACCACAGUUACCAGUUACAAAGUUUUGGUCGUCUAUUUUCUAAUAUGUGUGUUUUUCUUAGGGGUGUCGAAACGGGUAGCGGCCUAGCGGGUAACGGAUUCCCGUCCCGACUUGAUACCAGCCGGGUAUCGGGUACCCGCUACCCGACAAAAGCGGGAAACGGGGCGGGUUUUGGUAGUAUAAUUAUAGUGUUGUGGGUAUACCCGAUAAACCCGCCAAUAGCCGAUAUUUUGAAAGUUAGGGAUUUCGAAUUUUAAUUUUAGCAUUUUAGGAAUGUAGGUCUCUAAUCUCUUUUCUUCCUUUCCAAUUUCUUCUUCUACCCGCCGGCGUUUGCACAGUACACAUAUACUAUAUCUUUUUACCGCUAUCCAAUCUUCAUGGAGAUAUUAAUUAUAUCAUGUAUCUUCAAUUUUUUUAUAUUGAUCUAUAAACAGUCAGGGAAGGAGUGUGAAAUAUAGGAGUGUUAUAUAUGUAUUGUCAGGGCAUACAUUGUCACGCGUGUAUUAUCAGACACAUAUAUGUAUUGACUACUGGCAGUACUUGUAUAUGUAUAUGUGUGCAUCGGGAUUGCAGGUGCGGGUCGGGUACCCGCGGCGUCGGGUGCGGGAUACCCGAUAAGGUGUAGGGCGGGUAUCGGGACCACACAUAUGGCUGAAAUCGGGUGCGGGUACCCGCGGGUAUCCGUUUCGACACCCCUAGUUUUUCUUCUCAUUUGGUUAUAUUUCAUUCUUUAACAGUUUGUUCCUUACAGCUUUUUAAUUCUUCUGGUACAUAUUACAUAUAUAUAAUUGUUGUUUAUGUAUAACUCCAGAUUUAUAAAAUCAAAUGUUUCAGGUGGUGUCGCAGAGAACGUUUGCUCUUUCGACAGAUUUAAGAGGCAAACAUAUCUCAAGAAACAAGCAAUACACUUCUGGAUAGAUAGGAUUUUACUAGUUCUGGUAUCUUUUGUGUAUUUUACGUAGAUGAUGAACACUUUUAAUAUUGUUUAGUAUGUAAAUAUAUUACAUUUUGGCAUUACAUACUUUGACCUUAUGUUAUUUGAAUAUGGCGUUUUAUUGGAAUUUGUUGUUUAUGA